AUCUUUUUAACACUAAUUUUGCUUCUUCUGGGCUAUUUCCUUGCCCUGCUAUAGUACUGUAUUGUGUGGAUUUGCUAGUGAUUUUUAAUGAAUUUUUCCUUUUUUUGCUCUCCUCGUCUCAGAGAUGCUAUGUGUGCAGAGGGACUGGAUCAGCACUCUGUCUUUUUUAAUUCAAUGUUUUUACAUUUUGGCUUCGUGCCACGGUAUAAAACUUCAGCAGAGAAAUUUUCACUUUCCAGAAAAGAGACAAGAGCACCGAGCAAGAUCUUCACCAGCUACGUAUGAUGUCGUUGAACCAGUGAAAGUGGAUGAAAAGGGAACUUUUUUAUCAUUUAACUUAUUCCAUGGUGCUAAAACUAUUCGAAGAAAACGUGAUCUUACUUCUCAAACGGCACAUUACUCUAUCAACUAUAAAACAGGAAGUCUAUUUUUUAACCUAAGCAUUCAUGAUGGAUUCUUCUCCGAUAACUACAUUCUAGAAAAGAGGGCUGGAAACUACAGUAGUGCAAAAAUUACCCCACGUUCGAGAAGAAAUUGCCACCUUAUUGGUACUGUGCAAGAGAAUCUAGAGCGUGGAUUUGCUGCUAUUAGCGCCUGCAAUGGGCUGACUGGAUUUUUUCGCCUUUCCCAUGGAGACUAUUUUAUUGAGCCUUUUCCAAAUUCUUCACAAGCAGCAGGAAAGAGUCAUAAACAUGUCAUAUACAAUAGAGAAAUACACAAUGCACACAGAAAUCGCAGAGACCUUCCUUUGACUGAACGACGAUCGUGUGGAGUAAAUGACAGCUUCAGUUCUGCUCUCAGACAAGAGCGACAACGGGAACAGUGGGAAAGAAAACAUCGGAAAGACAGAAAGAUUUCACAACGAUCAGUGAGCAAAGAGAGAUGGGUGGAAACACUAGUUGUUGCCGAUACUAAAAUGAUUGAAUAUCAUGGCAGUGACAAUGUGGAGUCCUAUAUAUUUACGAUAAUGAACAUGGUUGCAGGGUUGUUUCAUGAUCCAAGCAUUGGCAACGCAAUUCAUAUUAAAGUGGUCCGUCUGAUUUUACUUGAAGAGGAAGAGGAAGGACUCAAAAUAGUUCAUCAUGCUGAUCAUACCCUUGCCAGCUUUUGUAAAUGGCAGAAGAGCAUAAAUCCAAAGAGCGAUGUGCACCCAGCGCAUCAUGACGUUGCAGUGUUAUUAACCAGGAAAGAUAUUUGUGCCGGCAGAAACAUUCCUUGUGAAACCUUAGGUCUUUCCCAUCUGUCUGGUAUGUGUCAGCCAUUCAGAAGCUGCAACAUUAAUGAGGAUUCAGGUCUCCCAGUUGCUUUUACUAUUGCACAUGAGCUGGGACACAGUUUUGGAAUUCAUCAUGAUGGACAGGGUAAUGAUUGCGAAUUUAUUGGAAGACACCCAUACAUUAUGUCUCGACAACUGAAAUAUGAUUCCUCACCUCUUACAUGGUCCUUAUGUAGUAAAGAAUAUAUCACACGUUUCUUAGAUCGAGGAUGGGGAUUUUGUCUUGAUGAUGUUCCAAUAAAGAAAGAUGUGAAACCUCCACUGGUUGCUCCUGGAGUCUUAUAUGAUCUUAGCCACCAGUGUCAACUGCAAUAUGGACCUAAUGCAACUGUUUGUGAUUUUGUGGAUAACGUGUGCCAGACAUUGUGGUGCUUAGUAGAUCAUUCUUGCCGAUCAAAACUUGAUGCUGCAGCAGAUGGAACAAGAUGUGGCGACAACAAGUGGUGUUUCAAUGGUAAAUGUAUUGUUGUAGGAAAACAGCCGGAAACUAUAAAUGGAGGAUGGAGUGCAUGGAGCUCUUGGUCUCAUUGCACAAGAACAUGCGGAGCUGGAAUACAGAGCGCAGAAAGGAAAUGUAAUAGCCCUGUGCCAAAAUAUGGAGGAAAGUACUGUACUGGAGAAAGAAAAAGAUACAGAAUUUGUAAAAUAUUCCCAUGCCCUAAGGAUACUCCAUCCUUCCGUCAGAUGCAAUGCAGUGAAUUUGAUACUGUACCAUACAAAAAUGAACUGUAUCAGUGGAUUCCUCUGUAUAAUACAGCUAAUCCGUGCGAACUCAACUGCAAGCCCGUGGGUGCUAACUUUGCUGAUAAGUUGCUGGACUCAGUAAUUGAUGGUACUCCGUGCUUUGAAGAAAACAGUAGAGACGUCUGUAUUAAUGGCAUGUGUAAGACUGUUGGUUGUGACUUUGAGAUUGAAUCAAAUGCUACAGAGGAUCGGUGUGGAGUGUGUCUUGGAGAUGGUUCAAGCUGUCACACAAUUAAAAAAGAAUUUGAUCAAACUGAAGGAUUUGGUUAUGUUGACAUUGGGCAGAUUCCUAUAGGUGCAAGAGACAUAAAGAUCGAAGAAGUGGAAGCGGCGGGCAAUUUCCUUGCAAUUAGAAGUGAAGAUCCAGAAAAGCAUUACUUAAAUGGAGGUUUUAUAAUACAGUGGAACGGAGAAUACAAAGUGGCAGGAACAACAUUUCAUUACCAGCGGAAUGGAGAUUUAGAGAAUCUGACAGCCUCAGGCCCUACAAAUGAGUCCAUCUGGAUACAGCUUCUGUUUCAGGAGAGCAAUCCGGGAGUUAGAUAUGAAUAUUUAAUCCAAAAAGAUACAGAAAAUGAGACUGAAUCAGAGUAUGUCUGGAAAUAUGGAAGCUGGACAGACUGUAGUGUGACAUGUGGCACAGGAGUUCAGCGGAAAAUUGCACGAUGUGUGAACAGAGGAAUAGGAGUUAUUAAAAAUACAUUCUGUGACCCAGACAGGCAACCUAUGCCGAAGCAGAAAAAGUGUCUCAUGGAAGACUGCCCCCCCAGGUGGUGGGCUGCAGAAUGGCAACAAUGUUCAACUACAUGUGGAACAACUGGUGAGAAGAAAAGAACUGUCCUGUGUAUCAGAACGGUGGGAUCAGAUGAACAAGCUCUUCCCUCGGAAGACUGUCACCACCUCACUAAGCCGAAAGAUUAUAUGUCGUGCAACAGAGAUGUUUUAUGUCCUUCAGAUUGGACAGUUAGCAACUGGAGUGAGUGUUCGGUCACAUGCGGUGGUGGAGUACGGACAAGGAAUGUUACGUGUUCAAAAAAUAAUAAUGAACCGUGUGAGAUAUUGAAGAAACCAAAUUCCAAAGCCUUGUGUGGACUUCAGCAAUGUCUUGUUCAUAACAAAGCACCUCAAGCUCCUAUGAAGCACAAAUAUGUUAAAAAAAUAGUCAAAGUAAUCCACAAAAAAGCAGGUGGUCCAGUGAAACGCAUUAUUUUUCAAGAUAAUAGAAAUCGAUUACCUCGCGUAACAAAGUUACCAACAUCGUUUUCAUCAGUAGCUCCUACAGUAAUGUUAUCUCCAGCUGUGAACUCCAUCAAAGAACAUUUUCAGAUCAAUGAAAUUCCAAAUUCCACCCAUUUUAAUGUUGAUUAUAAGUAUGACUUUGUGCUGGUGGAAAAUAAUAAAAAGAAAACUAUUUUGAACUCCACUAAAUUGAUUCCAACAGUUUCCACUGAAACUUCACCAAGCGCAGAAGUUGAAAAUAAAACAGAAAAUUAUUCUUCUACUAUAUUGACCACUACGAGAAAACCUGAAAACAUUACUUUAGGAUAUGAUUUUAUAACGGAACAAUCGGAAACACAAACAGACUCAGAGGAAAUGACUGUGUCAACCAACAACCCAGAUAGAAAUGAUGAUAGUGAUUUCAAUUCCAUAAUUGAAUCCAGAAGUAAAAGGCAUAAAGGCAAAUCUAUCAUGAUACAGGACAAUAAAAGCACUAUAACGUAUCAGACAGAAUCAUCAACUCCAGCUUCCAAUCUCGUUACAACACAGAUUCCACAAACUUUCAAUAUCGAAGUCUUUGUAUCUGUCAUUGAGUCGGAACAGAAUGCUACGAUAACUGAAAAUAAUUUAGAUGAUCCAAUAGUCAAGGACUCAGAAGGGAAGGAUCAUGUUCAGGCCACCAAUACCAAUAUAUCUGUAGAUACAUCUAAAAAGCUAAAUUCAAGUUAUAUUGGCCUAUUGAAUCCAGAAGCUCAUAUAAAUAUUACUGACAUUGUUUUUAGUAUGUCAAAUACCAUCUCUUGGAUAACUGGGAAUUGGAGUGAGUGUUCCACGACAUGUGGUUUGGGAGCUGAAUGGAGAACAGUUGACUGCAGCACAACUUUAGAAUCUGACUGCCACAAUCUAAAAAAGCCAGAUCCUGCCAGGAAAUGCCAUCUCCGUCCUUGUGCCAGUUGGAGGACAGGAAAUUGGAGUAAGUGCUCCACAAACUGUGGUGGUGGUUUCAGGACCAGAGAAGUCCAGUGCAUGGAUAUUCGGGAAAAUAGAGCUCUUAGACCUUUUCACUGCCAAUCCCAUGGACAUAAUCCACAACAGAACAGCUCCUGCAAUCUGGAACACUGCUUGACGUGGCUUGCUAAACCAUGGAGUGAGUGUUCUAAGACAUGUGGGAGUGGCAUUCGGCAAAGACGAGUGAUUUGCCCGAUAGAUGACCGAUGUGAUUUAAAGAAGAUUCCAGUGUUUACUAUAAAUUGCAAUGAGAAGCCAUGCCUCAGAUGGAAAACACACUCUUGGACAGACUGCUCUGCUUCUUGUGGAGACGGUGUACAGAGGAGGAAGAUUGAGUGUUUCAAUGUUGAUAAUAACAGCACAUUGAAUGACACACUUUGUGAAGAAAUUGAGCUGAAGCCACAAGAAACUCAAAAAUGCAAUAACCAAGACUGCAGACAAAAUAUAGAUCCACAGUGCAAAAAGGACAAAAUGUCGGUAAACUUCUGCAAAACUGUAAAAUCUAUCGGCAAAUGUUUGGUGAAAAAUAUUGAGAAUCAGUGCUGUUUUACCUGUAGGCAGCAAGAAGAUCACUUUCAAGGCGGCUGAGACAUAACAGACUCAACAAAAUCCAUGAUGUUUCUAUUUACUUUUUAUGCAACAGAAUUUUUAUAAUGUAAAUUACAAAAAUAAAGUAAAAAAAUAAAAUUAUGAAAUCAAUGAAAUACCAGAAUAGAGCAUUAUAUUUUCAAAAUAUAAAAAUUCCUUCCAUACAAGUUCAGUGCUUGGCAGAUUUAAAUUUCUUUCCAAACAUCUACUUCUCAAAAUGUUUGUUGCCGAGAGCCAUAUAACUGGGAUUCUCAUGUCUGUUUAUUAAUAAUUAUAAUUACAUUCUAUAUAAGUAUCAAAACUAUGCUCCCUUACAGAAAAUGUAAAAUAAUGUUAAUAUAUUUUUUAAACCUAAUGCAAAUAGUCAUAUACUCUCUUUUAAAAAUUCAGAAAUAAAACUUGUAUAGAAAACCAAAAGAACAAAGAUAAGAACAGUUGAACUAGUACAUUCAAUUAUUGGUGCUUUUAUGUUUACAAUAUGUUUACAGUACGUUUCAUAAAUCUAUCAACUGAGCCAAUAAAUGCAUUUGAUAAGUUUGA